GCCCUGCCGUGAGUUCUCGGUGCGGGCGACAGCGCUGCUGAACAUGGCGUCAGACGGGAUGAUUUUAACAAACCACGACCACCAAAUCCGGGUCGGAGUCUUGACAGUGAGUGACAGCUGUUUUCGAAACCUUGCAGAGGACCGCAGUGGCGUCAACCUCAAAGAUCUUGUCCAUGAUCCCUCCCUGUUGGGGGGUAUGAUCUCGGCCUACAAGAUUGUGCCAGAUGAGAUAGACGAAAUCAAGGAGACUCUGGUGGACUGGUGCGAUGAAAAGGAACUUAACCUUAUCCUAACCACCGGAGGCACUGGCUUUGCCCCGAGAGACGUCACACCAGAGGCCACUAAGGAGGUGAUAGAGCGCGAGGCCCCUGGGAUGUCUCUUGCGAUGCUGAUGGGAUCUCUCAACGUUACACCACUAGGCAUGCUUUCUAGACCUGUGUGUGGUAUCCGAGGGAAGACACUCAUCAUUAACUUACCAGGAAGCAAGAAAGGCUCCCAGGAAUGCUUCCAGUUCAUCUUGCCGGCACUGCCACACGCCAUCGACCUCCUGCGGGAUGCAGUGGUGAAGGUGAAGGAGGCCGCAGAUGAGCUGGAGGACCUGCCGUCGCCACCACCGCCCCUCUCGCCGCCGCCCAACAGUUCGCCACGCCGCCAGACGGAGGACAAGGGCGUGCAGUGUGAGGAGGAGGAUGAGGAGAAGAAAGACAGCGGUGUGGCGUCGACAGAGGACAGCUCCUCCUCCCACAUCACCGCCGCAUCCAUCGCCGCCAAGGUAACGGAGGUGAUGGGAGGGGAGAGUUUGUUGUUGCACAUAAUUGCUGUUUUCAUAGAUCUGACUCCAUCCUCUGAGCUUCCUAUCCCAGACUCCAUUAUCUCACGGGGUGUGCAGGUGUUGCCCAGGGAUACAGCAUCUCUCAGCACCACUCCCUCGGAGUCGCCCCGCGCCCAGGCCACCUCACGCCUCUCUACCGCCUCCUGUCCCACGCCCAAAGUGCAGUCACGAUGCAGCAGCAAAGAAAAUAUCCUAAGAUCAAGUCACAGUGCAGUGGACAUCACCAAGGUGGCCCGGAGGCACCGCAUGUCCCCCUUCCCACUCACCUCCAUGGACAAGGCCUUCAUCACUGUGCUGGAGAUGACUGCUGUCCUGGGCACUGAGAUCAUCAACUACAGAGAUGGGAUGGGUCGAGUCCUGGCUCAGGACGUUUAUGCCAAAGACAACCUGCCACCCUUUCCUGCUUCUGUCAAGGAUGGUUAUGCUGUGAGAGCUGCUGAUGGCCCAGGUGACCGCUUCAUCAUUGGAGAGUCCCAAGCUGGAGAACAGCCCACCCACACAGUGAUGCCCGGCCAGGUGAUGAGGGUGACGACGGGUGCCCCUAUCCCAUGCGGGGCCGACGCUGUAGUCCAGGUGGAAGACACCGAGCUGCUCCGCGAGUCUGAAGACGGCACAGAGGAGCUGGAGGUACGAAUCCUAGUACAGGCUCGUCCAGGGCAGGACAUCAGGCCUAUCGGUCAUGACAUUAAGCGCGGGGAGUGUGUACUUGCAAAGGGCACCCACAUGGGCCCGUCUGAGAUUGGUCUUCUGGCUACUGUGGGAGUCACAGAGGUGGAGGUCCAGAAAUUCCCUGUGGUGGCCGUCAUGUCCACAGGAAAUGAGCUGCUGAACCCAGAAGACGACCUCCAUCCUGGGAAGAUCAGGGACAGCAAUCGUUCCACCCUGCUGGCUACUAUCCAGGAGCACGGCUACCCCACCAUCAAUCUGGGCAUCGUGGGAGACAACCCCGAUGACCUUCUCAACGCUCUGAAUGAAGGCAUCAGCCGUGCUGAUGUCAUCAUCACCUCAGGAGGAGUGUCUAUGGGCGAGAAGGACUACCUUAAGCAGGUGCUGGAUAUUGAUCUUCAUGCUCAGAUCCAUUUUGGUCGUGUUUUUAUGAAACCAGGUCUCCCGACAACAUUUGCCACCUUGGACAUGGACGGUGCUCGCAAACUAAUCUUUGCCCUCCCAGGAAACCCCGUGUCCGCUGUUGUCACCUGUAAUCUUUUUGUCAUCCCUGCCUUGAGGAAGAUGCAGGGCAUUUUGGACCCUAGGCCCACCAUCAUUAAAGCAAGGUUGUCUUGCGAUGUGAAGUUGGAUCCUCGCCCUGAAUACCACCGCUGCAUUCUGACAUGGCAUCACCAGGAGCCUCUGCCGUGGGCACAGAGCACAGGGAACCAGGUGAGCAGCAGGCUGAUGAGCAUGCGCAGUGCUAAUGGGCUCCUGAUGCUACCUCCGAAAACAGAGCAAUACGUGGAGCUGCACAAGGGCGAGGUGGUUGACGUCAUGGUCAUCGGCCGGCUAUGAUGUCAUCACCGCGGGGACGGAGCGUCGGCGUCAUAUGGCGACGGUUGGAAUGGGUGGUUCACGGUGCAUGUCCACAUAUCAUUGACUAUUCUGUAAUAUGCAACGGCACAGCUAGUUUUAUUGAUUUGGAUAACGUUGAGGUAUAGUCAACAUCUUGAUCACAACCUAGAUACAUAUGAAAAAAUUAAUUUAAAAAGAUUAUAGUAUUUCAAACAAAGAAAAUAUAACUUUUAAUGAAAAAAUCUAAUUAUAAAAAGAGAUUUAUUCUGUAAUAUAUUAUUAUGAUUAUUCUUAUUAUUAUUAUCAUUAUUCUUCUUAUUAUCAUUAUUAUAUUAAGGCAACUUCGUUCCUUUCAUUGCAAUUGCUUUGUGUGUUCAAUGCUAGACCUUAUCUAUAGCAGUAGCAUUUUAAUAGACAGCUGUAGGUGCCUGCCAGGACAAAAAAAGAACAUUAUUAUUUUCUCAUCUUUAGUGAAAAAAAAAGAAUCUGUUUUUUGAAAAUGAAGAAAACAUUGAGGAAGACUCCAGAUUUCCCAUGGUGCUCAGCUAAGAGGAAGAGGGGGCACAUCAAGACCACUUCCUCUUUUGAGCGCCCAUCAAGGUGACAGUUAUGUUUUUCUCUCAUUAGUAUGCAUCAUAAUGGCUUCACAAAGAGCUUUGCUUGUUGUUUAUCUUGUGAGUCUUGUUUAUGUGCGCAGUGCCAAAUGCCUGGGCAGGGAAGAGGUGAUGUUGGUAUGGGGAGGUGGGGGGAACACACCCCAGUCUGCCCAGACCCUGAAGCUUCCUUAUAUUCACGGUGACCGGGUGUAAACUCUGCCCCAAACUCCCCCAGGGGCGAGCUGAACCUGGGGAAAAUAAUCUUUUAUUUGAUCAACUAUUUAAGAAGAAAAAAAUAAAGAAAAGAAACAGCUUCUUUAAGUGCUGACAGCCUUUUUAACCAACUUCACAAAAAAUGUACAGAAAAAAUAAGAACCAUAUUGUACAGAUAUAUGUGACCAGCACUCCUAAGGAAAUUAUUAAGCAAUGAGGAGACAUUGAACAACGCUGUACUAUAACAUUUUCUGUAAUGAUAUGAAACGGAUGAAAGAGACAAAGAUAAUAAAAAUCCUUGAUCAUUAUGUAAA